AUGGCAGGUACGGCAUCGACUGCUGUUACCCAGCCAUCCUCACCCACGCGGCGCGCCUCACCCUCCGGCAUAGAGAAUCUCAAUCCAGUUGCGUCCACAUCGGCACAUACGCUCGACAGUACCUCAACUUCAGCGGCGUCGAUACCGACGGCACUAUCAAAGGGCGAUGCGAUGAGCGCCGACACUGCUUCCGCCAACACCCAAGGGUCCACUGCCAUCGAGAGUGCCAUCGUCGGCUCUCCGUUCGGGACUGGCACAGAUGCUCCAGCACCUUCGUCCAUGCCAGCAUCGCUACAGGCAGCAGCUGCCGGUCUCAACGAAGAAGAUGCCAAGCUUCUGGCGUCCCUAGCAGAAGGCAAUGGCCUCUUAUCGCACCUCUCCAAUCUAGCUGCUCAGAAUGCCAACUCGGAUCAGCUCAUCAACGCUUAUGGAGGCUUGAUGCUCGAUCCUUCCGCUUCUGGACUCCCAUCCACUCUGACUGAUCUCGAUGCGGCUCAACAGGCCUAUCAAGGAGCUGUCGAUCUCAAUGAGGCGCUUACACGGCAGGACAUGGACUGGGACGACGAGGCCUUCGACGACAUCGAACCAGAAGAUGAGGAUGAUCAAGAUCAAGGUCCCAUCCAGGCAUACGCCAAGCUCGAGUUCCCCGGCUUUUCGUACUACAUUCAGACGCUUGACGUUACCAUCGGAAGACGCCCAGGCCAACUUCAACCAAAUCAGCAGGCGGGUGCGCAGCCGCCGCAACUCCCCAACGCCGCUUCAGGUCUCUUGCAGGCGCAUAUCACAUCGGAAUCCAAGACCGAAGGUGAUGUAGACGUCGAUCUCGGCCCGCUCAAAUCCAUCUCACGCCUUCACGCACGCAUAUUUUACUACACCGGUCCUAUUCAUACCCCUAAUUCUGCUCUCCUCAACGGCACUCCUGCCCAUAGUCGAGUCUCGAGCGGCAAUGGUGCCGCACCCUUUCGUAUCACGUCGCCCACCGAUCUCAACCGCGUCAAUGGCUCUCAUUUGCCCGGCGCAGACGCCUUUGCACAGGAUCCGUACAACAUCGCGUCACAGAUGGGCGCAGGACCGGGCGUAGACCCAGACCAAGGUGAUGGUCAGUUCGUCCUGAUGGUCGUUGGUCGCAAUGGCGCCUUUGUCGACGACGUCUGGGUCGAAAAGGGUGGUAUUGUCGUCCUCGGCAAACGAACCAAGAUCCAGAUCGCCGAGCGCGUCUUCUACUUUGUGUUGCCACCACCGCCGGGCGCAGCUUACAGCAUCGACGGCGACAGCCAACGCGCACACGACUCCGAAUCAGAAUCGCUCUCCGAUCUCAGCAGCGAGGGCCAGAUGGAAGACGACGAGGACAUAGAGGAAGAGGACGAUGAGGACGAGGAUCAAGACGAACAAGGCAGCUCAGCUAGUUCUGUUUCGGGAGACGAUGCCGGUGAGGACGCAUACGAAGGACAAGAGGAGGAAGGGCAAGAUGCUAAGCUAAUCGCCACGUCGGGCCGCAGAAGAUCGUCUGCAGCUGGUGGCAGAGGCAAACUUGAUCCACCGAAGCGAAGGCUUGUGCUCAAACCCAAGUCAAAGGUAGGCAAAGCGUUAGGCGGCGCCGUUGAAAGCGAAGCCGCUGCAGACGAGACCAUGGAAGACCUUGGCGACGAGCGAAGGGGCAAAGCGCAGGGCAAAAACAAGGCAUCUGCCAAGACAACCGCCGCGGCCCUAGCCAACAGAGCCGCUGGAAAGGGCAAGGGCAAAGGAGCCGGGCGUGGCAAGAUGCCCACCAAAGGUCCCGUACCGCAGACUCGUCCAGACGGCGACGACAGCGACAGCCUUGGCACGCCGAGCGCAGGGGAGCAAAGCAGCGACGGUGAACAGGAUGACGACAUCACGACUCCACCCCCUCCCAGCAACGCGCGUGGUACCGCUUCCGGCAAACGACCAGCCAAGGGUACGAAGGGUCAGAAGGGCACGAAAAGUGUCAAGGCUAGCAAAGCCAAGAUCGCUAUGGAAGCUAUGCAGCGUUCAGGAAGCGAAGGCAUCGACGGCAGCGCCAUCAAGAAGGAGUCGCCAACUCCUGCAUGGGCCAUGGGAGCGGGCAUUGCAGGUCGAAAGAGAAAGAGAGGCGAGCCCCUUCCGGACGAGGAACCCGCACUCAAAGUCGGCACACCUAUCGGCAUCGAAGCUCUCGAUGCGGCCAAGCGUGCCAAAGCUGCCAAAGCUCGAGCCGACGCCUCCACGCGCGCGGUUUCCACCAGCCCUACAAAGGGCAAGGCCCCCGCUGGCGCUCCGACGUCCUCCGCUGGAAGCGACUUGGCAACAAGCUCGGCUGACCAGGCAAACAUGGCUGCAGCUGACGACGAUGUUGUCAUGCUCGACAUUAAGCCUGCCACUUCCAGAUCAACUGUCUCUACCGCAACCUUGCCACCCACGGCGGCUUCCGCGAUCGCCACCUCGGAGUCGACAGCAGCGACCAUCCAUUCCAAGUCCGCGCCACUCCCCAUCGCUCCUGCAGCGACACCAUCAGUAGCACCCGCCGCUGGAGCUGCAACGAAAACGGGUCAAAAGGCAACAGACAAAGCAGCUUCCGCUUCGGCAUCGUCAGCCAAAGCGAAACCGGCAAAGCCAAAGACAGUCAAGGCCAAAAAGAAAAAAGCAGGAGAAGAGGCGCCAUCUACACCCUCCGCAGACGGCGGAUUAUUGGCUCCACUGGCUGCCGCCACGGCCGGAGCCAAUCUGGGUGCUCACAACGGACAAUCUGUACUGUCCAACGAUCCCGCUUCAGCGUCCGCGGCUUCGGCCAUUAUCGCCGCUGCCAGUGCCGUCUCCGGCUCUAUGCCUGGUCACAGUCAGCUUCCUGCGCAGUCAUUGCCACAUGCUGUGGGUCAAAUGCCCUCGGCGCUACCCAUGAUCCCAUCAGCCGCCUCCGGACGUGGCGUGACCAGCGCACUAGGCGCCAAGAUCGCUCCAUACCCAUCCGCAUCUACGCCAUCUGCCAUGUCGACUCCGACGGCGACAAAUGCGGAGUCGGGUCCCGGUCUAUCAACGUACCCGACGACUGCCAGUAUCAUUGCUUCGGCAGCAAGCCUUGCAAACGCGAAGUCCAAAGAGUCCCAGAAGGCUGCUGGAGCUGCCGCUGCUGCCAACAAGAGCGCUACUCCGACGCCAGCCUCCGUCGCAAAGCCGCCACCUGGACCCGAGGACAAGCCAGAUCUGUCCAACAUCGAGCUCAUCUCGCAAGCGCUUCGCUCGGAUCACUGCGGCAAGAAAGGUGGCAAACUCACGCUGCAAGAAGUGUAUGAGUGGAUCGCCAACAGAUGGGUCUGGUUCAAGCGCAAUGGCAGACACACUGGUCGCGAUUGGCAGAGCUCCAUUCGUCACGCGAUCGGCUCUUCACGCGAUUUCACCCGCAUUCCACGCAGGUCCGAUGAGCCUGGCAAAGGCAUCUUUUAUACCAUGUCGGACUCCAAGCUCGCUGAGCAGCAUCGCGCCAACCUCGCCAAGCAGAAGGAGGAAGCUGCCAAAGCCGCUGCGGCCGGACCGACUGCGCCCGCUGGAGCUGAUACAUCUACUGGUGCCCCUGCACCUACCAGCACGACGGCAGCCGCUGCACCGGCCUCCUCUAAUGGUGACGGUGUUGGUGCAUCUGGUGCUGUCACCGCUCUCAACCCUGCAUCUGCAGCCGCAGCAGCCGGAGCCGCAGCUGCGGCCGGCACGGCCGGGUCUUUGCCGGCGAUCCGAAUUCCGCUCAUCAUCGGAACGCCCCCUUCAUCCGCUAUCACCGCGGCGAGCGACAAACCUAAAGCUGCUCCAGGCACCAUCGAGUCGUUGCUAGAGACGCCGCCCAUUGUGCAUCACGACGGCAAGCUAUACCUCAGCCCGCAGGUAUUUGGCCAUCUCAACGCAGGGCAACUGGCGCAGAUCGAAGGCUUGGGGGCUCAGCAAGCGCUACAGGUGUUGCAGGCGUAUCUCGUGACCCAUCUCAAGGAGCGAAUGAAGCAACAGCAGGUGUCGGCUCAGAAGAAGGAUGCUAGCCCUGCGACCGCCAAGCUUGUGCAAGGUGCGACAGCAGCAAGUGGCAAGCCUAUCGGAUCUGCCGCUUCAACCGUGACGUCCGCAUCCUCUGCCAACGCCAAAGCUAGCGUCGAAAGCGUGAACGGUUCUCAGUCGCCAGUCAAGCCGGCUCUUGCUUCCACGAGCGGAACCAAUGCGGUCGUUCCUCCAGCAACAACUUCGCUGCCAAAGCCCCCCGGAUCUGCGACAUCACUGCAUCCAAUGACCACGCUGCCCAAGCCUUUGCUGCCUGCGCCCAUCAAGCCCUCGAUACCAAGCAGCUCACAGAACGCAGCUACUGGUCCCAAGGUCAAAGCGCCAGGCUCAGAGCCCGCAUCCAGCUCCGGCCAAGUCGCCAAGCAGCCUGCUGCAGCAGCUAGCUCUGGGAGGGCAACCAGCGCUGGGUCGGCAUCCUCUGUCCCACCUGUUGCAACGAGCAAAGCGCCACUUUUGCCAGGCACACCGCUCCGAACGUCUGCCGCCGGAGGAGCGGCCGUAUCCAAGCCUGUCAAUCCUGCUCACGCUGCUCCUGCCUCUUCCACAGCAACAAGUCAGACUGCGACCGCGCCAAACGCAUCGCUCAGCGCGAAGCAACCCACUCCAGCCGGAUCAAGCGCCAGUGGCAAUAGCAGCAUUGGAGCAGGCAAGACAGCUUCGGGCGGCGCUGCACCAGCUACUUCGGCAGCUGCACCGAGCACCGUGGCCGCACCAGCAUCGACUUCGGACACGGCGGCUGCCGCCUCACCAGCACCAGCAGGAACGAGCAGCGACGACCCGCUGUCUGCUCUUUCGGCGCUCGCGGCGCAUCCUGAAGCGGCGGCGCUGAUUGCCUUGUUGCGCAAGCAGCAGCAGGAGAGCGGGGCUAGUGGAGGCAAGCAGAUGGCCAAGCUGACGCCGGGACAGCUGCAGCUGCUUCAGAUGGCCAACAAGCUCGCAGCGCAGCAAGGCAAGAAGGGCGCUGGUGGCAAGAAGAAGAAGAAGGUCUCGACGGGCACGGGUACACGAGAAGGCACCGCUACGCCUGGUCCAGGCGGACAAGAGUCUUCACCGGCGCCUGCUGGACCGAGUCCUUCGCCAGGUCCGAAAGCUGGCUGA